AUAAAUGUGUUUGCUAACAGCAGUUACAAACCGAAGAAGAAUAAAUAUCAACACAACUGCACGUUUUACGUUAAAAUGUUCUAGUGCCAGCUUAAACGUUUACAAUUUACAGUUUGUAAAACGAUGUCUCGUGUUUGUAAGAAAAAGCCUUCUGUGUGCACGGAUGAGCCUCUUAGCAAUGAUGAAAUAUGCCACAGGUUAGCAGUGAUGCUGCACUUGCUGUCAUCUUGUUAUGGCCCACGUGGCAGAUUAAAACAAAUUCACAACAACGUCGGGGGAAAUUUUCACUCCACAUCCACAUCAUCUGUACUGAUCAGAGCUGUCACUUUCUCAGAGCCGCUGCUCAAACUGAUCGCUGCAGCCAUCUCGGAUCACACCGCGAGAUUCAGCGACUGCGGUUUGUUUACAGGAGUCUUUUGCCUUGGCCUCAUUGAAAAUGCCAGGAGGUUGGGACUCAGAUCUGCUGUGGCAACUCGAGUGUAUAAAUACUUGUUAAAUGAAUGCAAUAGAUAUCUCCGUGCAGAUGACUGUGUCUGUAAGGUUCAAGUGGACUUCAGCAGUGUUCGAUCACUCGUCACUUUAGCUCAUACUGUGGUCACUAGCAAACCAGCCUGUAUGCUCGACUCUGAUGAAUCACAGCAUAUUGCCUCUCUGACUGUACAGGCCUUCCUUCAGUCUGUUCCUUCUGCUUCCUCAAACAUCUUUGGAAAAACGCUGGUUGUGACUGUAGAAGGACAGCCUGUGAAAGAUUCUACUGUUUUCCCUGGAUUACUAGUUGAAGUGCCUAUUCUGCAGUCCGUGGAUCUGAACCGUAGUCCAGGUCCCUAUAAAAUUGUGUUAUUUAGCACAUCUCUCUCAGGUGACUGCUCCGAAAUUGGCGAAGCAGCUUUAGAGAUCCAAGUUGGAAUAAAUCCAGAAAUGGUCGUCUUGGAGCAGCUGCUGAAGCUGGGUGAGCACGUGGUUCACAACGGUGUGGAAGUGUUUGCAUGUCAGAAGGUGAUUCACCCAGUGCUGCAGCAGUACUUAAAGGAACGUGGACUGGUGGUCAUCGAGCGGCUCGGACUUGCCCUAAUGGAGCCAAUUGCCCAAAUGACAGGCGCUCAGAUUAUGGCAUCUAUCUGCUCCCCUGUCCCAGCCAAAGCAUAUGGACAGAUCAGGGGACUCCAUCUGCACCGCAUUGGAUCUAAAGAGCAUCUCCAGCUCCUUCCAUCUGGAGAGGCGGCCGUUAAUACGAUGGUGCUCUGUCACAGGAACGAAACGAUGUUAGAGGAGCUCAAGGUGACGUGUCAGAGAGCUGAGCAUGUGCUACGACUGACUCUUAAGGAACCGUAUGCACUAAUUGGAGGAGGCUGUACAGAGACUGUGCUGUCUGCUUACUUAAAAUACACGGUUGAGUAUAAGGUCAGUGAAGCAUCCUCGGCUCUAAAGUGCUCACACACAGAGUUCCUCUUAGCUACAGAGGCGUUCUGCUGCUCUCUGCAGUCUGUGGCUCUCUCUUUAGACCACAAUGACCAGGACUUCCUCAUGGACCUGACUCAUGCUCAUUGCUGGGUUACAGAAAAAGAUGCACACUCACAAACCACAGCCAUGCACCUUUGCAGCUGUGGUCUGGCAAAGGAAAGGGCAGAUCUGGAGAAGAUCUUUUUAAAUAUUCCACUGAACACAGCACAUCUCUACUUCCUGCCAGCACCCAUUAAACCUGAUGUUCAACCCCGACUGUUGGACUCGUUCACUGCAAAACUCAAUGCCUUGAACGUUGCUGCAGAGACAGCUAAUCUGGUGCUGGAUGCAAGGUAUAUUAUUAGGGAUGUGAAUUAACUGAGCAUAUAUUCGUAAAUAAGUUCCUGUAUCUCAACAUUAGAUGGAGACAUUCAUUUUCAUGCUCUGGCCCAUUUUGCUGUUCUGUGAUUCAAAACUAUUUGCAUUUUUAAGAAACUAUAAUAAAACUAUCUUUAUUGUA